AUGUCUCCGAAGAGCAGUGCAAGCUUCGAGGUUGCGAAAAGAAGGAGUCUUUGGAACUCGGCACCUAGACUGCUAACGACAUGUGUCUUCUUUGGUGCCUUGUGGUUGUGGUUCAACAUAGGGACGUCCGAAGUCCCGCUACCACCAGAUUCAUUCGCCUAUAUACAGACCGAGAGCUUGAGAGAUAUCUUGAACACCACCCUAGGGUUUGAGAAGAUUUUAGUCCUCAACCUCCCCUUCCGUACUGACCGCCGCGACGCGAUGAGUCUUUCAGCCGCAGUUUCCAACGUCAAGAUCGAGUUUGUUGAAGGUGUGACGGGCGAAAGUAUCAAUGAAAAGGCAUACCCCCCACCGGAAGAGAACAGAAAGCAUUCUGCAGGUAUCCGAGGAAGCUGGAGAACGCAUAUGAAUGCUCUACAGAGGAUAGUCGACCAAAAUCUAACCACGGCCCUCGUUUUCGAAGACGAUGUAGACUGGGACAUUCGCAUUCGUCAGAACCUACAACGAUUCGCACUAGCAUCACGCUUUCUAUCCGGAAACCACGAUACCUCUAAUUUGCAAGGCAAGAUCCAAACACAUGCAAAUACAGAAACAGAAGACACUGCCUUCAAAAUCAUCGACACGUCAAACCUCCCAAAGACACUUACGUCUCUCCCCUUAUCUUCGGUACCUUUUCACUCCAGCACUCCCCAAACCUCACCCUAUGGCGACCCAACAAAAUGGGACAUACUCUGGCUUGGACACUGCGGCACCGGCAUGCCACGCCCAGUACCCAACCACCAACUCCACCGCCGCAGCGACACUACUACUACCACCAUCCUAACCCACCCCAACGACCUCUCAGUUCCCUCCCCACAGCAUCUAAAAGCCCACCCCUUCCAAAGCGACCCCGACGCCCUAGGCACCACCUUCUCACCCCACACACGCAUAUAUCACCACGCAACAGGUGGCACCCUUUGUACAGUCGGCUACGCCGUCUCCCAACGCGGCGCCCGCCGCCUGCUCCACCAAUUCGGCGUGAGCGGGUGGAAUGGCAUUUUCGACAGCGAGUUAGGCCGGUGGUGCGCUGGCGAUGAUCCAGACAUGGGAAGGCAGGCCCCACAGCACUCUCAUGCUGCUAGGAGUGGUGGGGGCGUGGGCAUAAACGGGGAUGAGAGGGUUUGUGUAACGGUUCAGCCACCCAUCUUUGCGCAUCAUCAUCCAAACAACGGGGAGAGUGAUAUUGGCGGGUUGGGUGGGGGUUAUGCAAAGAGGUAUGAGACAAAGUAUCUGAGGUAUAGUGUUAGGAUGAACCUAGGGGCUUUGGUUGGCAGGGUGGGAGGAGAAGGUAAGGCGGAGGGUUUAGUGGAUCAGUGGCCUGAUGGGGAGGAAUGA